AUGCGGUACAUCCCCGAGGGUCUGCAGUGUUCCUGUGGUCCUGACUACUACACUCUGGCUCCAGGCUUCAACAAUGAGUCCUUUGUGAUGUACAUGUUCAUCUGCCACUUCUCUUUCCCAGUGGGGCCCAUCUUCUUCACCUAUGGUAGCUUGGCUGUAGCCCAGCAGCAGGACUCUGCCUCCACUCAGAAAGCCGAGAAGGAGGUGACCCGCAUGUUCUUCCUCAUGGUCCUGAGGUUCCUGGUGGCCUGCACUCCUUAUGCCAGCUUCGCCGCAUGGAUCUUCUUCAACAAAGGAGCAGCUUUCUCAGUCGUUGCCAUGGCCAUUCCUGCCUUUUUCUCUAAGAGUUCUGCCCCCUUCAAUCCUAUUAUCUACGUUCUCAUGAACAAACAGUUCUGUAACUGCAUGCUCAGUGCCGUUGGUAUGGGAGACAUGGUUGACUCAGUAUCAGCCAGCAAGACAGAAGUGUCCUCUGUCUUCUAA